CAUUAGCACGCAUAAUGUAUAAAAAUUAUGAGGUCCACAUUUUUUGUUUAAUUAUUUUAUUAGUAUGUGGAAAAUCAUCAUUAGCAAAUAUAACACAUGAAAAUAAUCCAAAUGGAUUGGUUUUACUAAAAUAUGAUUACAACAACGAAACAUUUUGCCUUGGAACUUUAAUAGAUAAAGGAUACAUUAUCACAUCGGCGCGAUGCAUGCAUUAUCGAACGUGGCCUGGAAUUCUACCGAAUUUUUUAGUAAAACUAAUCUCCUUAGUUAAUUCAACAAUUCAAACGAUAGAUGACGUAUUUAUUCAUCCAAAAUUUCAAUAUGGGAAUAUCAUAAACAAUAUUGCACUUAUUAAGUUAAAGAAUAAUUCAACAUCCAACGGUUACGUUCUCCCAAAUAACAAGAAUACUGUUUUGAGUAACUGUACAAUACCUUUGAUAAUAGAGGAUAAAUUUACAAGAUGGCAACAAGUUAACGUCAUGAAAUGUGGUGAAUUUUCUGAAUAUUUAUGCAUAAUAGACGUUAACAUAACAAAGGCUUUAGAUGGAAGUUCGUUAUUUUGUAACGGUAGUUUGAGAGGUAUCAAAAACGCAGAAGAAUCUGGAAAUUUGUAUACAAAUAUCAAUAAUUACGUAAACUGGAUAAACACAUGUUCACCAAUUUGUUUAAUAAACAUAUAUUUGUUGAUAGGUACAUUCACAAUUAUUAAUGUAAUAUGAAUAUUUCUUAAAAUUAUUUAAAAAAUAUAUUAGUAACUGCAUAUUAAAAUAGAA